CACCCACAGGCCCUCAAACCGGUUGAAGGAACAGAGUCAACCACACACAGCAACCAGCUCCGAGAAAAGCUUUAUUCUACUGCAUUUUCCUUUGUGAUACUAUUAUACUAUAGAAAAGAUGGCCGACGAAACAAUGGGAGAGGAUGUGGAGACCUUCGCGUUCCAGGCGGAGAUCGCGCAGUUGAUGUCGCUGAUCAUCAACACCUUCUACAGCAACAAGGAGAUCUUCCUGCGAGAGCUGAUCUCGAACUCGUCCGACGCCCUCGACAAGAUCCGCUAUGAGUCCCUCACGGAUCCUUCCAAAAUCGAGAACUGCAAGGACCUCUACAUCCGCAUCGAGUCCGACAAGGAAAACCGCACUUUCACCAUCAUUGACACUGGCGUCGGCAUGACCAAGGCCGACCUGGUCAACAACCUGGGUACCAUCGCCAAGUCGGGCACCAAGGCCUUCAUGGAGGCGCUGCAGGCUGGCGCCGACAUCUCGAUGAUCGGUCAGUUCGGCGUGGGCUUCUACUCCGCCUACCUGGUGGCCGACAAGGUCGUCGUGACCUCCAAGCACAACGACGAUGAGCAGUACACUUGGGAAUCUGCUGCAGGAGGCUCUUUCACCGUUCGUCCAGAGAAGAACGACGUUCUUGCACGCGGCACCAAGAUCACACUGUACCUGAAGGAGGACCAGACGGAGUACGCUGAGGAAAGGAGGAUCAAGGAGGUGGUGAAGAAGCACUCGCAGUUCAUUGGCUAUCCAAUCAAACUUCUGGUUGAAAAGGAGCGAGAUAGGAUUGUUCCUGAUGAAGACGAGGACGAGGAAGGCAAGGAGAAGAAGGAAGAGGAGGAAGAAAAGGCUGACAAACCCCAGGUAGAGGACGUCGGUGCUGACGAAACUGCUGACAGCCUCCUUGCUAAGGCCAAGAAGACCAAGACGAUCAAGGAAAAGUACACAGAAGAUGAGGAGCUCAACAAGACCAAGCCUCUGUGGACCCGAAACGCAGACGACAUCUCGGUGGAGGAGUAUGGAGAGUUCUACAGGUCCCUGACCAACGACUGGGAGGACCACUUGGCCGUGAAGCACUUCAGCGUGGAGGGCCAGCUGGAAUUCCGUGCCCUGCUCUUCGUGCCGCGCCGCGCUCCCUUCGACCUGUUUGAGAACAGGAAGCAGAAGAACAAGAUCAAGCUGUACGUGCGCCGUGUGUUCAUCAUGGACAACUGCGAGGAGCUUAUCCCAGAUUACCUCAACUUCAUGACGGGCGUCGUCGACUCCGAGGAUCUGCCUCUCAACAUCUCUCGCGAGAUGCUUCAGCAGAACAAGAUCCUUAAGGUCAUCAGGAAGAACUUGGUGAAGAAGGCGUUGGAGCUCUUCGAGGAGCUGAUGGAAGACAAGGACUCCUUCAAGAAAUUCUAUGACAACUUCUCCAAGAACAUCAAGCUGGGUAUCCACGAGGACUCGACCAACCGCAGGAAGCUCGCCGAACUCCUGCGCUUCUACACGUCGGCCUCCGGCGACGAGAUGUCCUCCCUGAAGGACUACGUGUCCCGCAUGAAGGAGGACCAGAAGCAGAUUUACUACAUCACCGGCGAGAGCAGGGACGCCGUCUCGAACUCUGCCUUCGUCGAGAGGGUCAAGAACGGAGGCUUCGAGGUCAUCUACAUGACUGACCCCAUCGACGAGUACUGCAUCCAGCAGCUGAAGGAGUACGACGGCAAGCAGCUCACCUCCGUCUCCAAGGAAGGCCUCGAACUUCCCCUGGACGACGAGGAGAAGAAGAAGGUCGAGGAGAAGAAGAAGAUGCUCGAGAACCUGUGCAAGGUAAUGAAGGACAUCCUGGACAAGCGCGUUGAAAAGGUGGUGGUGAGCAACCGCCUGGUGACCUCUCCGUGCUGCAUCGUGACCUCCCAGUACGGGUGGACCGCCAACAUGGAGCGCAUCAUGAAGGCCCAGGCGCUGAGGGACACCUCGACCAUGGGCUACAUGGCCGCCAAGAAGCACCUGGAGAUCAACCCCGACCACACAAUCAUCGAAACCCUGAGACAAAAGGCCGAUGCUGACAAGAACGACAAGUCUGUGAAGGAUCUCGUGAUGCUGCUGUUCGAAACCUCUCUCCUGGCUUCCGGCUUCAGCCUCGAGGACCCCGGCGUUCACGCCUCCAGGAUCUACAGGAUGAUCGGCCUCGGUCUCGGAAUCGACGAGGAUGACGUUCCUCCUCUGGUCGAAGAGUCGAACCCCCUGGACGACCUGCCACCUCUCGAGGGCGACGACGAGGACGCCACCAGGAUGGAGGAGGUCGACUAGACGCCCCCGUCCGUUCGACUCACUGGACUGAAAGGCAAUCAUUCCUCACGACUGAAUAGAUUAUUUUUGUCAUGAAGUUGCGUGAUUGUGAGCGUGGGAUUAAUCAUUUCAUAUCAUAUGUCUGAGUCUCAUCACUACUUACUAUUUAUACAUGCACACCAUGGAUACGAUAGGCCAUAUAAUUGGACUGCCUUAGCUGACUGCAAUUGGACUGUCUGAGGCAUUAGUCAUUAAUAUAAGUAUUUUUUAAAUAAACGAAUCCUUUAGUA